ACAUGCCAAUUUUUACGCGGGUAAUUUAUUAAUACCCACGUUAUAACUUUGACAUAAAUCGAAUCAUGUAAACGUAGUCAAUGAUUCACGAGCGUCCUCGAGGUUUAGGCGUCGCGCCUUUGCGAGGUAUUAGAGAGAUACCAGGCGCAAAUCUGGGCUCGCCAUCACCCAAAGUCCACGGUUAUCAACGGAUGGCCCCGAUCACUUCCGGAGCCGCUUCCUACGACGGGCACAUCCGCGCAGGGUGGGGUACAGAUUCUUUUUCGAUGUGGAGUAUAAAAACGGGAACGACCCAAGCGGCUACGUAUCAUUGCAUUCGCGUUCGUUGUCGCGAAAUCGUGGAAGUAUUUAGAAAUACCUAGACUGGUACCUCUCGCCGCGGUUUAACUGAACGUCGAUCAUGUUGUGUCGACGACUAGUCACCCUCGCGUGGACGCUCCUCGCUUUGAUAACGCUGACGUCGGCGUGGCCGGCCUUUCGUAAACGAGAUCGAGACGCUCGUCGCUUUGACAACUUCGAGGAAAGCUUUGAUGUACUGUCCGCUUACCUAAACAACUUCAGAAGGUCGUUCUAUGGUUUCCCGAGCAACGAGACCGGAAAAAAGGUGGCAGAGUGGCGCAAAAGUAUGGACGUGAAUCCGGAGGAGCUUGGCGAGUACAUGGAAGGAGAUAUCCUGUUUCCACCAAUCACCAGAAGAAACGGUCUCAGAAAAAUUUACGCCCAGUGGCCCAACGGCGUCGUUCCCUUCAUCAUUAGCCCUUAUUUCAACGCGCAGCAGCGGCAACUUAUAUACGACGCAAUGGAACACUUUCACAAGUUCACGUGCAUCAGAUUUAAGCAGUACACAGGUGAGGAAAGCGAUUUCAUCAGAAUCACGUCCAGUAACACGGGAUGUUGGAGCGCCGUGGGUAGGAUCGGCGGACCGCAGGACAUAAACCUUCAGGUGCCCGGUUGCAUGGUGAAAAUAGGAACGGUGAUACAUGAAUUCAUGCAUACCCUCGGCUUCUUACACGAGCAAAGCAGAUGGGAUCGAGACGAAUUUGUAGACAUUCUGUGGGAUAAUAUCGUGAGAGGUCGGGAACAUAAUUUUAAUAAAUCUACCAAAGAGAUCACCACCACCUUCGGCGUUGGUUACGAUUACGGCAGCGUGAUGCACUACUCGUCAACGGCGUUCUCCAUAAACAAUCAAUCGAAAACCAUCGUGCCCAAAAAAAAACUGAACAGCAGCAUUUUCGAUCUUAUUAGCGGAAUCUUCCAGGAUAACAACGAAGUAAAGCUCGGUCAACGAGAAGGAUUGAGCAAGAAAGACAUUUUGAAAAUCAGGAGGAUGUACAAAUGCGGCAAUUUCACGGAAUAGUCGAUUACGUCGAUGAUCAGUAUUAAUGAAUGAACACUGGCAACUCAAUAUGUGUUAUCGCAUGUGUUAACGCAAAAGAAGUAAAAAAAAUUCUUGAUUGGAUUUAAUUAAUAAGAAUCUUCAUGUAAUAAAAAAGAAAAGAGCAUCUAGUCUAUUGUGCAAACGAUUGUGUCUCGAAAAAAUGAUAUGUGAAUAGCGAGUAUGAACAGUAUUAUACGUUAACAUAAUUAUUAAUUAUUAUCAUAUAUUCUGUUACAUUAUAAAUAUAUCUCUAUGUAUAAAGUUAUAUAUUAUAACAAAUGUGUGUGCAUUA